AUGGGCCGCCCAAGCCCUUCUUAUAAUAGGAUUCUCAAAGUUGUUUUGCCAAACUCAUUUUUUGCCGGGCUUGUUUUGAGGCGAGCACCUCGCUUGAGAUACUUUCCGCUCCAAAAAGGUGUCUUCAUAAGGCCUUCCUGGCCAAGGAAGACCGGGAACGGAAUCGUAUUGAAAGAGAGGCGCGCAACAAAAGGGCUAACGGUAGUAAAUCGGUUGUCAACAGUCAGAGUUUCACUGUCAACAGUCAAGAUACAGCUCAUGUGUGAUAGGCCCAGCAAACGUGGUGGUGGUGUCGCACUUGUCGCGAGUAAAUGUUUGUACCCAUGUGUCAUAUUCAAGGAGUCCCUAGUAAACGCGUAUGAACUCAUGCCUAUAGGGCCCCAUCAUGUUCUGCGCCAUAUGUUUGAACAGUUAAUUAAAGCAAUUGGCGAUCUGGCAUGUAGCGAUACUCAUUUCCUUUUACUCGGAGACCUGAAUCUUCCUGAUGUUUUAUGGCGUCGGGGAGAAGUCCCAAAGCCAGUGGGCUACGCGCUUUGCGCUUUAUUGAAUUGUGUCGUAACUCAUGGCUCUAAUAUAUUAGAUCUUCUCCUCGUCAACAAUUUGGAGCUUGUUACAAGUACACAGGUUCUAGCGCCUAUUGGCAGUAGCGACCACUCGUCUAUCCAAUUUGAACUCAACAUCGAGGUUGAUCGUGAAAUCAUUACAACAUUCAAACGAGAUUUUAAGGCUGCAAAUUAUGACCUAAUUGUAGAAUAUCUCAACGAUGUAGACUGGUACGCAUCUUUCAAUAAUGUCGACUCUGUCAAUGACAAAUAUGAAAUGUUUUUGACUAUUCUCAAUCAUGCGAUUGAGUUAUUUGUUCCUCUUAAGACGCAAAAGACUAGUGGAGACCCGCUACCACAGUACUUAAUCAGCAAGGCUAUAGCUAGCGGGAAUUCUGAAGAUUGGCACGAGUAUAAGAAGAUUAGCUCCAUUUUUGAGAGAAAAUUAUACAAAUUUCGUAGUCAUAUUGAAAAGAACAUUUCUCAACUCAGACUGAAGAAAAGCAAAGGUGUAUGUGUUUUGUUCUCAGAGGAUGGGAAAGCCGCGCGUCAGGAUAGGGAGAAAGCCGAGCUUCUGGCCGACAUAUUUGAGAAAGCGUAUCAAAAGGAGGUUGAUCUCGCCGAAGUGGAGACUAGUCCCUCAUUUCCUGUUAUGAGCGAUUCCCUUUGGUUUCAACGAGAAGAAAUACACAAGUUACUGGCU